AUGUGGGAAUCACUCUACACGCUAUACAGAAAGGUUCCUGAACCUGCGCCUGCCCCAGCAGAACCGGAACAGGAACAGGAACCCAAACCAGAAAAGCCUAUUCUAAGUAUCACAAUAUCAACAGCCUCAACCCAAACCUCUCCAUCAACUCCGGCAACCAACGAACCGCCCUUCAUCCCCGCUCUUCGCAGAUUCUCGACCCUCUCUCCAAUCCUAUCCGUUGACUCCCUCUCCUGUACUUCAUCGCCUGCACUCUCCGUCCCGCCUACAACGCCAACGACAUCAUCUGCAGCAACCCUUUCUCCGCUGCUCUCUCACUUUCAUUCCCCGGCAAACGGUAAGGGUAAGGAGAAGUAUGACCAGAGAUACUCGGCAGACGACACAUUCCAACUGCCCUACCGUCCAAAAAAGAUCCCCGCGCAUAUAGUUCCCUUGCCCAGCGCAACAGCCGCGGCGGAAACACUCGCCUCCGCGUUUUCGACCUUCCCCGCGAAUCCGCAUCUACCACGGCCACGGUGCCCUAAGCCGGGAGUCAACGUUCCACGGCAAACCAAACUCGCCAACCAGGGCACGGACAAGAAGACGAACAAAUCCACCUACACAACCCUCGUAAAAGCGCACAUCCUCUCGCACGGCCUCGUCAUCUCAACAGGCGGCGACGAGGGAAAGCCGACGCAUGACGCUGUGGCAUUACUCCUCCCGCCUGGCGCGGGCCCUCGAGUCCCGCCUUCGUCUUCUUCCUCCGGACAGAAACGUGGCCGAGCCCGAAAUCUGACAAAGGGAUGGGGCUGGCGCGUGUAUCUGCGGAGUGGGAUGUGGAAGGGCGCAGUGAAGGAGAAGCUUGACCGGAUUCCUCGACUUGGACUCGGGAGCCAAUCUGGAUACCAAGGACUGGACAGACUGAAGCAGAGCGGGAUCGGGAAAAAGGAGGAUAUUUUCGACGGAAUCGAUCUGGACCCCGACGUCCGGUGGAUGAAGGCGCGGAUGGCGGGAGUUAUGGGCUUCCAGGCCGAAGAGACAUGGAUGCUUACGGCGUUGGGGACGAAGGUGGGAUCGAGGCCGUUUGGGCUUGGGGGACGGGCUGUGGAGGUUUGUUGUGAUAUGGUCGACGCCCGUGAGAAACCACUAUACACCGAAUGCUUCGAGUACAACGUGCGAUUCUUUGAAAAGUACGGGUUCCGCCGAGUUGGCUUGGUGGCCAUGGACCCCGUGGAGAAGGGGGUGAUCUUGAGUAUGAUGGUUCGAGAGCCGGAUCUGAGCAGGUUUCGGGAUUCAGGCGAUGAUGUGAUUUGA